UGAUAUAGUAAAUUGACUAAAUUAUUUCUUUGCAAAAAAAUUGUGGAUAAAAUCCCUAAAUUAAAUCGUUUGAUAUAAAAGAAAAGUAUUAAUUUUUUUUUUAAUUUUGUGGACCUUUAUUUACUUUGUUCUACAGCUUAGGAAAUUUGAAUCGGACUUUUAUAUUACAUGUAUGGUUGUAACGUUACAUGACAGUGAAUCUUUAUUACAGUUUUAAGUGGGUAAUUAAAUGUUGGCAGAGUUGGUUGGCUGUUACCACUCCUUUACCAAAUUAAGCUUCUUCGGUGUUUGAAGAAACAGUUCACUUCUCUUCAUCCAUUCGGCUUCCAAACUCGUCAUCCCUGAAAUCGAAGAGAACCAUGUCCAUUACCCCUAAAUUCGUGAAAUUUAUCGGGGAAUCAGAUUUGGCUGAAGAUGAAAUGCUCCUUCCACCCCUGUUUCGGGCCAAAGUGUCGAAUCUAUUCCCCACGGCUGUGCAGCUGUUCUUCCGUAAUGGGUUCAAUGUUUGGGUUGGAUAUGAUAAUGACGAUGGAGUGUUCAAAGGUGUUGGAAAGAUCUAUCGGAAAUUUGGUUUGAAGAAAGGGCAAACGUUAUUGUUCGAGUACGUGAGCAUGUUCAACUUCAAAGUUUUCAUUUUCGGAGCUGACUUAACCGAGAUUAACUAUCCAGUAAACCCUCCCAUCCUUGAUUGGAGUCAUGGCACAGAAGAUGUUAAGCAUGAUGGAGGUUUGAAGUUUCUUUAUGUUCUUAGCUGUGGCCAGGAGAUUGUUGAUGAGGUGGGGGUACCCUGGGGUCUGGUAGCUGGUUUUGGUAAUGCUAUUCCACCAACAGUGGAAUUCAUUUUGAAUGAUGGGACUAUGUUCCUUGGAAAAUUCAUCCAGCAGGAAUGUAAGCUCACCGGUUUAUACCGACUAACUAAGCUGAACUUAAGUAAGAUUCAGGUGCUGGUGUUUACUUAUAAUGGUGACCGUACCUUUAAGAUUAAUAUCAUUGAUAUAUCAAUGACUGAAGGUCUACAAUCUGCUGUUGAAGGGGAAGAUGGAACCUCUGUAACACCUCCAAAUGUAUCACUGGAGGAUCCUGACCAAUGUACGUACUUUGAAUUUGAGAUUAAGCCAUUUCACAUGCUGAAAUACGCCCACGGAGUGGACAUUCCUUCCUUCUUCAAAGGUUUGACUGAUCUGUGGGGUAAGAAUGAUGUCAUAAAUGUUUCCAAAGGAAGAAGGUGCUGGGCUUUAGCUGUUAAGAAAAGGUUUGACUACAAAAGGCCUUCAAUUCUUGAUGGAUGGAUCGAGUUCCGGGAUGCAUUGAAGCUUGAAGUUGGUGAUGUAUGUGUUUUCAGCAUGAAGGGGAGAAACAUAAGGGAGUUCAGUGUCCAGGUUAUUAGGAAGAUGUAGUAUGUUUUCGAUUAGUCUGUGUAUCUUAUGAUGCUUAUGCAAAACUAAUCCUUAUGUGCAUGCUUAAGUAUUGGUGAACCUGAUGAAUUUUAUGCAGUCUAUUAUGUUGACAUUGACGUUGCAAAAUGAAUAUUUGUAA